GUUCCUGCUGUUAUGGUACCAGCUUCGUGGUUAACUGCGUACCAUGUGUUUAUUAGAUUUGUUCAAGGGAUUUUCAUGGGAGCUACCUGGCCAGCUGCCCAUAUGAUCGCAGUUACAUGGAUUAAACCAAAACAUGUUAGUGGCUUCAUUUCAUUGUAUACAGCUGUGAAUCUAGGCUAUGCUAUAGUGGGCAUUCUGGGCAGCUUUUUAGUAAAAAAACUUGGACGAGAUUGGUUAAGUUAUGUCAUAGCUUCGACGACGUUUUUCUGGUAUUUUCUUUGGUGGCGAUUUGUCGAAGAAUCGCUGAAUCCAAACAGACCAAAAAGAGACGAACAUCGGAAUUUACCAUGGAGGAGACUUUUAAUGUCUAAACCAGCAUGGGCAUGUGGUAUAGCUGUUAUUGGUAGUCAAUGGGCAGAUGCGACGCUUAUGUUAGGAGUGACGAAAUAUUUGAAGUUAGUCUAUGGAUUUUCCAUUGAAUACGAAGACAUCCUGCAGUCUUUGCCACAUGUUGGUCACUUUUUUGCGGCCAUUACAUUCGGCAUAGUUGUGGAUCACGUAAGAGAAUCUGGACUCGUCUCGACAACAACAUCAAGAAAGUUCUUUGUCUAUCUCUACAUUCAAGACAUUCAAGACAUUCAAGACAUUCAAGACAUUCAAGACAUUCAAGACAUUCAAGACAUUCAAGACAUUCAAGACAUUCAAGACAUUCAAGACAUUCAAGACAUUCAAGACAUUCAAGACAUUCAAGACAUUCAAGACAUUCAAGACAUUCAAGACAUUCAAGACAUUCAAGACAUUCAAGACAUUCAGGACAUUCAAGACAUUCAAGACAUUCAAGACAUUCAAGACAUUCAAGACAUUCAAGACAUUCAAGACAUUCAAGACAUUCAAGACAUUCAAGACAUUCAAGACAUUCAAGACAUUCAAGACAUUCAAGACAUUCAAGACAUUCAAGACAUUCAGGACAUUCAGGACAUUCAAGACAUUCAAGACAUUCAAGACAUUCAAGACAUUCAAUACAUUCAAGACAUUCAAGACAUUCAAGACAUUCAAGACAUUCAAGACAUUCAAGACAUUCAAGACAUUCAAGACAUUCAAGACAUUCAAGACAUUCAAGACAUUCAAGACAUUCAAGACAUUCAAGACAUUCAAGACAUUCAAGACAUUCAAGACAUUCAAGACAUUCAAGACAUUCAAGACAUUCAAGACAUUCAAGACAUUCAAGACAUUCAAGACAUUCAAGACAUUCAAGACAUUCAAGACAUUCAAGACAUUCAAGACAUUCAAGACAUUCAAGACAUUCAAGACAUUCAAGACAUUCAAGACAUUCAAGACAUUCAAGACAUUCAAGACAUUCAAGACAUUCAAGACAUUCAAGACAUUCAAGACAUUCAAGACAUUCAAGACAUUCAAGACAUUCAAGACAUUCAAGACAUUCAAGACAUUCAAGACAUUCAAGACAUUCAAGACAUUCAAGACAUUCAAGACAUUCAAGACAUUCAAGACAUUCAAGACAUUCAAGACAUUCAAGACAUUCAAGACAUUCAAGACAUUCAAGACAUUCAAGACAUUCAAGACAUUCAAGACAUUCAAGACAUUCAAGACAUUCAAGACAUUCAAGACAUUCAAGACAUUCAAGACAUUCAAGACAUUCAAGACAUUCAAGACAUUCAAGACAUUCAAGACAUUCAAGACAUUCAAGACAUUCAAGACAUUCAAGACAUUCAAGACAUUCAAGACAUUCAAGACAUUCAAGACAUUCAAGACAUUCAAGACAUUCAAGACAUUCAAGACAUUCAAGACAUUCAAGACAUUCAAGACAUUCAAGACAUUCAAGACAUUCAAGACAUUCAAGACAUUCAAGACAUUCAAGACAUUCAAGACAUUCAAGACAUUCAAGACAUUCAAGACAUUCAAGACAUUCAAGACAUUCAAGACAUUCAAGACAUUCAAGACAUUCAAGACAUUCAAGACAUUCAAGACAUUCAAGACAUUCAAGACAUUCAAGACAUUCAAGACAUUCAAGACAUUCAAGACAUUCAAGACAUUCAAGACAUUCAAGACAUUCAAGACAUUCAAGACAUUCAAGACAUUCAAGACAUUCAAGACAUUCAAUUACAUUCAAGACAUUCAAGACAUUCAAGACAUUCAAGACAUUCAAGACAUUCAAGACAUUCAAGACAUUCAAGACAUUCAAGACAUUCAAGACAUUCAAGACAUUCAAGAUAUUCAAGACAUUCAAGACAUUCAAGACAUUCAAGACAUUCAAGACAUUCAAGACAUUCAAGACAUUCAAGACAUUCAAGACAUUCAAGACAUUCAAGACAUUCAAGACAUUCAAGACAUUCAACGUUUGCUGGUUGGUGGCGCUUAGUAUUUGGAGUAUCUUCGGCGGUACUGCUCCUCACAGCAACCGCCUUCAUGGCAAUGGGCAGUGGAUCCGUUCAAGACUGGAAUGCACCUGGAGACAAUCAACCAGAACCCGAAAUUGUGGAAGAACCUUCACGACUUGAAUCUGUACUUGAAUAAAUUA